AUGGAAAGACCCGCACAACCCGAGAAGUCCCGACCCACUGAACACAUUCGGACAUCAUCAUUCAACAACCCAUCGCAAGCAAAGAAAGAUCUUCCCAUCCUCCUGAAGAAAGGUCUUCCCCCAUGCCCACGCGCGAAGCCCGUCGCCGGGUACUCCGACUGGUACUCACUGAAGAGCACCUCCUCCCUCGACUUCUGUCCAGAAUGCAUCUCCCACAUGGACCGCACAGUCUACCGGCUCAACUUCCGCCCCAGCCCGCCGCGCUCCUCCGAAAAAGAAACCUUUUGUGCCCUAGGCGGCGACCCCUGGGUUCGCCUCGCCUGGCAACUUACACUAGCACGCCAGCGCCCGGAUAUCAAACUCCUCGAAGGCAUCGCCGCCGUCCAAGACGCCGGCGACUGCCCGGGCGAAAGCAGCUUGCACCACCACCAUCGCUCCGCAGCCACGUACGGCGUCAAAGACCGCGACGGCUACUACAUCCCGCAUUUCAGCGUGUGCAGAGCAGACGUGGACAAACUCGAGCUGCUCAUGCCUACACUCUACGGCCUCUUCGUACCCCUCCCCAACCGCACCUCCACCUCUACAACCCAACCCCGCAAAUGCGCCCUCCGCACAACCUCCACCCGCUUCACACCCUACAUCACCCACCUGUCCAAACUCCACGACACCACGCGCCGCCAGCAGCAAUCUACGCCCACCGACCCCACCCCCUUCACCGACUUCGUCCAGCGCAAAGCCCGCCUGCAAGAGUGUCCCAAAGACGCGCAAUUCGGGCCCAACGUCCUCUGGCACCACCACCCGCACCUCAAAGAAUUCACCAUUUGCGAGGACUGCUUUGAUUCCGUGGUGGAGCCCGAACUCGCGCGCGGCAAGUCGCUGCUCGUCAAGGGGUUCCCGCGCGCCAAGGGAGUGGUGUAUUCUACUUCUGCUGCGGAAGAGAAGGGGGGCGUGGUGGUGGGCCGGAGCUGUCAGUUGUAUGGGGCUUAUAUGCGCGGGAUUUUCGCCAAGGCGGUGGAGGAGGAGAAUUUCGAGUUGUUGGCUAAGUGGGCGAGGAAGAGGCGCGAGGCGGAGGUGGGGUUGCAGGAGGGGUAUAGACGGUUGGGAGAGCGGUUGCGGCGGUUGGAGGGGGUGGGUGGAGAGGAGGCGGGGGAGGAGAGGAGGCGCUUGCAGAGGAAGUUGAGGGAGAUUCGGGAGGACUGGGCGACUUGGGAGUAG